AAACUUUGAAGUUGGUAAUGUCUGUACGAUGUUCGCCAAUACGUGGCGAACUAUCUUCGCAAGGCGAACCUUCGCGAAGGUCGGAUGGCAUUGCUUUGUUUACAUCGGUACCAUGCGAGCAGUCGCAGCCGAGGACCGCGGGACGACACACCUGACCUUAUGGGGAAAUCUAAAAAGAAAAUUAAAGCGGAUCAAAUCAACGUUUUGAGGAAGCAGUAUGACGCGUUUUUGGAGGAGGAUAAAAAACGCAAAGAGCGCAAUGAACAUAUCCUGGAGAAGCUCGACCAUAUGCGCCUGUCCAACACCGUGGCACGAUACAAGUCCAAUGUCUAUCUAGACCAGAGAGUAUCUUUUAACUGCACCGGGGAAGCGCCGAUUAACAUAUACCCUCAUCCACAAACAAAUCAGCCAGCUAUGGUAAAUCCUCUGAGGAAGUUUAGAGAAACUGCGACACCAGCGGAAACGGAUCUAGGUGUUCUCACCAAGCCCAUGGACGAGACAUACAUCCUGAACGAAAUUAGCAAAAAAUAUAUACUGAUUCCUAAGUUAAGAUCCAUUGCUGGCGAAGAUUACAUUCCCAGAGCAAUAAAACAGGAUAACAAUAACGACGGAGAUUGGAAGAGUAAAUAUAGCAUUUUAGAUAAACUCAAACAGAAUGAAAAAGAGGAGACAAAUAGCUUUUCUGUUUUAAAAGACAAUGGUAAGAGUUUCUUAGAUGACAUCCCAAUCAAAGAACAUAAAUACAGGUUUGAUAAUGAAGGACAUUCGCCAAAAGAUGAAAUCGCAGAAAAGGAUGUAGCUGCUAAAUACGCUACAGACCCUCUGGCUUGUCAAGAUGAAAACGGAACGAUAAAUAAAAUUACUACAGAUACUAAGAAGGAAAAAAUCAUAAGACAGUCUGAGGCAGCUCCGAAUGCAAACACUCAUUCCACGACAUUAGAAACUGAUACAGAUAGUGGAGGACAAUUACAGCAGCCAGAGAACAGAGGUACGGCGGGUUCUGGGGUACCAACUCAGCAAUACAUUUAUCCGGCACAAGAAGAAGUUCAGUUAGCUUCGCAUGAAACCGGGGGUCGAAAUAAUGAUCCAAUAUACAACGAUAAACAUGAAAAUGAAGAUAACGAAAAACUGUCUCCUGUUGUAAACGAUAUAAGGUAUGUAGAAGAAAUUGAUCCUAUUAAACCUGAAGCCCAAAAAACAAAAAGUGAUCAUUCAAAUACAGGUAAUUCUGAAAAACUGCAAUAUCCAAUUGACAUUAUAAACGUUCAGGACUUUACGCCGGCAGAAGGCGUAAAGUUGGUAGACGGAGUGAAUAUUAAUCCAGAUGCUCACGCCGUACAGCAAACAUAUACGGCACCUAGUGACCAGAAUGCAGUUCAAGCACCAAUGGAACAUGCAUAUCAGCCAAAGGCCCACCAACCACAAGGUGAUGUUCAGUACGGGUACGGGGCCCAAUCAACAGGCUCUUCUGAAGAAGUAUAUCUACCUGGAGCUAAUCAGCCACCUAGUGGAGACCAUUACGUUUCUGAUCCACCAGCACCUGGUGAACAAGCAUAUCUACCAAUGGAUCAGCAGCCGCUAAGUGGUGAUCAUUAUGUCUCUAAACCAGUUGCCGUUGCCGCAGAGCAGCAAGAGCAUAUUGCAGAGAAUACAGAACAGCACCAACAAGGUGCUUACGAUCAAACUGGGGACGUGACAUCAGAAAUUCAAGCAUUUGAAGAUGAGCAAAACCAAAUGUUUUAUUCCGAACAGGCAAAUUACCAAGAUUACAAUCAAGAUCCAAAUGCUGUGGGUGAUGGUUCCAGUGCUGACACAAAUUACGAUCCCUCGCUCUUGUAUGGAGGUGUACAGCAGGAGGCUGCAUAUCCUGCGGAAAUAAACGAACACGAAGAAACUUCACAACGGUAUGAUCCUAGUUACGAGGAACAGUAUGCGGCCAAGGAUGGAGAGCAACUGUAUGCUGAACAACAAUAUAGCGAUCAGCAAUACACUGAACAACAAUAUAGCGAUCAGCAAUACACUGAAGAACAAUAUAGCGAUCAGCAAUAUACUGAACAAGGACAAUAUGGUGAACAACCUUAUGCUGAACAACAAUAUGGUGAACAACAGCAAUAUGAUGGACAACAAUAUGGUGAUCAACAACAAUAUUCUGAACAGCAACAGUAUACUGAUCAACCACAAGGCGAACCUGUGAUAGCAACUCUUCAAGAAUAUGACCCAGCAUAUCCAUUACAAGAACAGACCAUGGAGCAAAUUGAACAACAGUUGGAUAAUGAGGAACUUAAUGUUCCAAGUCAAGAUGCUGUGGGUGAUAUUGUGGACGAAUCUAUAAUGUACGCUCAGAACGAGGGGGAAGUGCCUGCUACUGAACAAUAUGUUGAAAACCAGAACCCAGAGCCGAUCUCUCCUAAACUAUAAAAAUAUUAGUUUCUGCACGAUAUUUAAAGAUAUAUG